GAAAGCCGUGCGCGGGCGAUCAUAGAAGCCCUUGAUCCGAGGAAGUCCUUAUGCAAGGGUCAACUGGGCAAGUUGGCACGAACCCGGCGGCAGACCCGAUGAACCCGAUUGAACGCAGUCUGACAGUUCCCCUGUCUACUUUCGUAUGUGUAAUAGUUACUACUUUAAACCACUACGCAAAUGAUGCUGAAGGGCCAGACCCCCGCUUCUCGCUGUGCUGUGCAAUCGCGCAAGCAGAGCGGUCAGACCCUUGUUAGCAGUGUUCGAUGCAGCACAUCGGCGUCAUCUUGCUUCAUUGCUCCUUUCGGCGGCUCGCGUCUAUCCAGCUCGGUGACCCAAAAUGUGCAACUUGCAUCUCGCGCUCGCCAGGUCCGCUCGGCGCUAGUAGUGAACGCUAGCACUACUGCUCCUACCAAGCUUGAUAACGGGUCUGUGUCCGUGGUGCUGCUUGCGGGAGGCGUCGGCAAGCGGAUGGGCGCGGCCAUUCCCAAGCAGUAUCUGGAGCUUCGCGGGCAGCCGAUCGCCACAUACUCGCUGGAGACGUUCGCCCAUAUGCCGGAGGUCGGCGAGAUUGUCAUCGUGUGCGACCCGUCGUGGCGGGAUGUGUUUGAGAAGCGCUUCCCCGGCCUGCCCGACCACCUGAAGUUCAAGUGGGCGCUGCCGGGGGCGGAGCGCCAGGACUCGGUCUUCAACGGACUGCAGCAGGUGGACGCCGGCGCAGCUAUCGUAGCGGUGCAUGACUCGGCGCGUCCGCUGGUGACGGCGGCGGAUGCGCUGCGCUGCAUGCUCGACGGCGCGUCCAUUGGCGCGGCGGUUCUGGGCGUGCAGGUCAAGCCCACUAUUAAGGAGGUGGACAAGAGCGGCAUGGUGAUCCAGACGCUGCAGCGCUCCAAGCUGUGGGAGGUGCAGACGCCGCAGUGCAUCCGCCCGGCGCUGCUGAAGGAGGGCUUUGACCUGGUCAAACGCAACAACCUGGAGGUCACGGAUGACGUGUCCAUCAUCGAGGCCAUGGGCAAGCCUGUGAAGAUCACGCCCGGCGCCUACACCAACAUCAAGGUCACCACGCCCGACGACAUGGCGGUGGCUGAGAAGUUCCUGGACGAGCACAAGGCGGCCGCAAAGCAGCCCGUGGCGGCGUAAGGCGGCUGUGGUAUGAGGCGCUGUCCAAGCUGCUGGCGCGGUGGCGGCGUGAGGCGCUGUAGCACCAGCUGGAGCAGCGGCGGCGUGAGUUGUCGUGCAGCAGCGCCUGCAGAGGCAGCGCCCACGAUGGCAGGAGCGGGGUAGGUUUGGGCGGAGGAGGUAGAUGGUGACACAUUUUUGGCAGUGGGGAGGACUUGUGGGCAAAGAUGGGCAGCGCAAGGCUGCGUGUGCGUGCGUCCAGUGCUGGGAGGCAUGUGCCGUGCCACCACUGGGCAAUAAAUGCAUUUUUUGCACGUGUUGGGUUUGCAAGAGUGUUAGGAGAGUACAAGGAGAGUAUAUCAAGCAAGUGAGUACGAGAUCAAGACGUCUGAACCCAAGGACGGAUGGAUACCGGCCGUCUGUGGUCGGCUUGAGUGAUUCUUGAGAAAUUGAGAAGAUCAAUUGUGAGUCUGAUCAGGCAAGACUGGCCAUUGGGGUGCUGCGGAAGUGCAUUGCGGAAGAAAGGUUAGGAGGCAACCAGAACCUGAACCCUGGCCUUGAAUGACGUUACUGUUUCGGACACUUGGAGCAGUGCGGAGCAGAGUGUAACUAGAAAGUGGC